GAUGGAUCCGCGACGGGACGAAGGGGGGAGGGAGAGAUGAGGGACGCCGAGGAGCAGAUCGACGUGGACGAUGACGUCGAGGAGGUUGCGCGGGCGGGGUCGUCAGGGAGGGAGCUAGGGAAGGGCAUUGUCGGCGAGCCGGGGGGGCAGCAGGGCCAGUACUUUGCGUCGACGCACGUGUUGGCUCGCACACGGGCAGGUGUCGAUACGGAUGAGGUGGGUCCGUCUACGGGGAAGAGGAAGGAGAGAGAGGAGGGGGCGAGGCCGACAGCAGCACAGAAGAGGCUGGGGCAGAACACCAUCACUGAGUCAUUCUCUUCAAAGUGGCAGAUGGAGUUCAAGAAGAGGUGGCUGUGGUUUGUGUAUAAUCAGCGCUUGGCGUUCAAUGUCUUCCGGAGCGAGCCGUGGUUGGACGUCGUCCGACACUUCAGGGAAUUGCCGGGGCCAGUGAAGGUUUUGUGGCCUUCGGAGAACGAGAUUGCGGACAUAGAGACCAUUGUCCACACGGCGAACGAUGUGGGAGCUGAUCUCGUGGAGGUCAGGGCUCCUUUCUAUGUUACGGGGGCCACCAUUAUGUCAGACGGAAGGAAGUCACGCGAUGCUAGACCCAUCGUUAACUUCCUUGCCGGCGGGUUGCGUGGGGUGAUGCUCGUCAGGUUGAUGAACAGGGAGGGUGAGCGAAACCGGGCGCGUGAUGUGUUGGCGUGCUGGAUCAAGGUGUUUGAUAACUUCCCCCCUAAGUGGGUGAACGCCAUCUGCACCGACUCCGCCUCGGCGUACGUCGCUGCGACGAACAUGCUCCAGGGGCCUGAGCAGAGGCCAGAGCAUCUACGGAUCACGUGGCUCCCAUGCGCAGUGCAUGUCUGCAACAAGAUGUUGUCAGACAUUGGUUGUUCGAGUGCGUGGUCCAAGGACAUCAUCGUGGGGCGGAGAGCGGUGGUGCACUUCAUUAAGGAGCACGGCGCUGCUCUCCAUAUCUUCCGGGGGGAGAGCAGGCAGAUGGGCCUCAUUUAUCCGUCCGAGACAUGUUUCUCAUCCGUGUUCGCGAUGAUGGAGCGUUUGCUGACAGUGAGGUCAGCAUUGGAGAGGACGGUGGACGGCGAUACUUGGGGUAUGGUCCCUUGGGACCAUUCUGUUCAUCAGUUGGCUAGGUUAGACCGUGGAGGGUUGCACAUAUCGCGGGUGGUUCAGUGGACACAGGAUGUGGCCCGCCAGGUAGCAGAGGAGGUUUGUGCACUUUCGGCCGAUGUUGCACACUACAUUGUGCAGAGGGUGCAGGCUCGAUGCGCUCACAUGUUGGAGUCGGCGCACGCCGCUGCUCACCUUCUCUGUCCCAGUCGGCGGGACUUGCGGUACUUCGAGGGCGUAGUCAGCGACUACGACGCGAGCUUAGUGAGGGAGGAGGAGACUUACAUCUUGUCGCAGACAGGGUUCAGUGUAGCGAGUCCCGAGUACGAGACCGCAUGUGCGCAGUUGUGCGACUUCCACAUACGGAGGGGGACGAUUUCGUGGGGGGGAAAGGAGGGAGACAGAGAGGCACAGAGGUGCACCGGCGAUGCGGAGACGUACGAGUCCGGGUGUUGGUGGUCGAAGUGGGGGCAGUGCGCCCCGCAGUUGCAGGUUAUCGCUCUUCGUGUGAUGUACAUGUGGACAUGCUCCUCUCCUGCGGAGAGGAAUUGGGCCGUCCACGAGGGUGUACAGACGAAGAAGCGUAACCGGCUUGAGUUCGAGAAGGUUGCGAAGUUGGUUGAGAUCUCAGCCAACGUCCGCCUUCUCUCUCGUCAGCGGGAAGGCCGCGGGUUUGCGCUGCCGUUGACUCUAGAUGAGUCUUUGUUGGACGUGGAGGGAGGUAUUGGGACUCGCCCCUCGUGGAAGGGGACGGACGAGAGCAGGACGCGGGAGGGGCUCGAGGAUCAGAGACGUUCGUGGCAGCAAGACCCGUGUGGGUCCAGAGCUCCUCCGGGUGAUGUGGGCGAUGUUUUUGGGACUCGAGCCACCACUUUGCACCCGUACCCUCGAGAUGACAGUGAUUCUGAGGGUCACGAGGACGAGGACGAGCAGGCGGGCCCCGCUACUGCCACUCAUGAGGCAGAUAAGCGUGAUGAGUGGAGCGACCCGGAGAGCGUCAGAGGCCUACGUCCACUGGCCCGCGGUCCGCUGAGAGGGAGAGAGAUCUUGGGUCUGUACCUUCGAGGGGGGCAAAGUCGAGGAUUGGUAGGGGCACCCCUGGCCAUCGUCCUGCGCAUGUUCGUAGUGACACGGUUGGUUCAUCCACCUCUCUUCCCACUUCGACGGAGCAACUUCAUCGACACCCCGCCCACGAUGGUCGAUUGCACAGAUUUUGAGGGGCCCGAGACAGCGAUUGGAGCACAGAUUAGCGGGCGGUCCUUCACCGGUCCAGGGGGACGAGGGAGAUAGACAGGGGUUGGCUGGUGGAGAUGGUGGUGUGUUGGCCGGAGGUGGAGGCGGUGCCGAGAUUGCUGCGGCGGUUG